GUCGGCUCGUAGCACAUGCCAUGCAUCUGCUGCUCCGUCGAGAUGAUACCCGACUCGGAAAGCGUUUGUCAAACAUCCGAGGCUGCGGUGAGAAGCACGGACGUGUAUCGCAAGAUUAAAAACGUGGCGGAAGGGGAAGCGGCCUCGGUCACCGCUUGGAAGCGAUAUCAGCAACUGGUGGCGAUCGUCGAGUCAAGGGGAGGAAAGUUCAACCGGAAGUCGAUGAUCGAGGCGAUCUUUCGCGGCAACGAUCUCGUCUACGCGAGCCAUUGAUCUAUCGAUCUCGUUCCAAGAACAAGUUGCAAUUUCUUUACCAAAGCGUUAUUUCUAUCUAUCUAUCUAUCUAUAUAUAUAUAUAUACAUGUAACAAUAGCGUAACGAUUCUCAUUGGUUAAACGCGAUCGACGAUUCGAGAGAAAAUGACAAUAGAGUCGUCCCUCUGUUGCAAAAUGUGACGGAAUAUUUCGCUCGAUUAAUUGACGCGUUGUGUAGUCCAAUAGUCGAUCUCGAUAUUAUAAUUCAACUUUUUCACCUCGAUUCGUUGCGGAUCAUAGUUUGCAUGGUCGGCGAGUAUAUAAUUAGAAUAACGAUGCCAAACCAAGUGUAUUGCUAGUCAACGUAAUAAAGUGUAGAUCGAUAGGAUAAUUAAGCGGCGAUUAGAGCGCUUGCACUGUGUAAUCUCUGUGUAACAAAUUUGUUACACAGUUAAUGAAGCAAAAAAAAAAAAA